AUGCGUCGCGUGAGCAAACCCAACUUUGCGAAUAAACGGAGCGUCAAGGCGUCGAUCGUUGGAGAACUUUUUUCUUCCCCCGUUCGAGUGUUUUAUUCAAUCUUGUUCAUCUGCGCGCUCGAGGUUUUACUCUGGUCCGUGGUCUUGGUCCCGGGACGCACGUCGGGGGCCUGGAACGACGCGGCGCAGGCGUAUUACACGCGCGAGACGGUGAACUUGAAGUGCGCACACGGAGCUUCCGUACGCGUACCAUUUCCAGCGAUAGAUCUACGGAGUUUACAGCUCGCGUGGAAGGAGGAAAGUUCUUGGCAGAAGAAGGCGCUAAGCAGUCUAUCUACGACUCUAGCGCCGAGUAAAGCGCAACAGGUGAAACAGUCGCUACAGGCACGUCUUAAGCAUCUAGACGAGCAACUUCUGAUCGGCAGUGCUUCCGAGUUGGGGGCGAGCGAGGCGGCGGCAAACGCGAAGAGUGUCCUUUCUUUUUAG